GUUGGGUUGAAAUCGCGCAGAACCUGACGUUGACAGCAAAGAUAUUGGAUAAAUUAAAAAUGUCCCACUCAGGCCGUUUACCAUUGAUUCCGUUCUACUUAAGGGGUGGCUCUCUCGAAGGCAGCGGGGACUUGUCUGCUAAGUGCGCUGACUGCAUAUGAACCAGUAUAUGACUAUUUGAACCAGAAAAAAUGAGGUAGUGGGAUGUGUCACUACUUCGGUCUCUACUGACAGCUUUGGCUGAAGCUGACAUAUCUAUCUUGUUUCAUUUAUUUAGAAUAUCAUACUUUUCUGGCACUCUUUUCUAUCUGUUGAAUAUCUGUUUUUCUAACGCACCCUGCAUUUACACGCAUGCGCAUUUAAAGAGGAAGCUCAACAUUGGACAUUGCUUCAUCAACAGUUGCCCUAUUUAGUUUAGGUAGUGGCAUAGUACAGCACAAACUAAAUUUCGGAAGAAAUCACUCGUUACUGUAGCAAGGAUUUGAAAUACAGUAACGUAGGGUUGUUGUUGUACAUGCAGAAUCUACAAAGGCUCUGAAACAAGGUGUAGUGAUGAGCUUUUUUAGUUUUGGUCAAAGUGCACAAAUCGAUAUAGUUUUGAAUGACGCUGAGACAAGAAAGAAAGCCGAACAUAAGACCGAAGAUGGGAAAAAGGACCAAUAUUUUCUGUUUUAUGAUGGCGAUACAGUAUCUGGAAAAGUCAACGUAACACUGAAGAAUCCAGGGAAAAGACUCGAGCAUCAAGGCAUCAAAAUCGAGUUUAUUGGGAAAAUUGAGCUGUACUAUGACAAGGGCAACAACUAUGAGUUUGUGUCUCUGGUUAAAGACUUGGCCCAACCGGGAGAGCUAACGCAGUCCCGGACCUUCGACUUUGAGUUCACAAAUGUGGAGAAACCAUACGAGGCCUACACGGGCCAGAAUGUCAAAUUACGCUACUUUCUGCGGGUAACUGUAAGCCGGAGACUGAACGACAUCAGUAAAGAAAUGGACAUUGUUGUGCACACGCUCAGUAUGUUCCCAGAACUCAACUCGUCUAUCAAGAUGGAAGUGGGAAUCGAAGACUGCCUGCACAUCGAGUUUGAGUACAACAAGUCUAAGUACCACCUAAAAGAUGUCAUCGUGGGGAAGAUUUACUUCCUGUUGGUACGGAUCAAGAUCCGACACAUGGAGAUUAAUAUCAUCAAGCGAGAGACGACUGGCACGGGCACAAACGUGUACCAUGAGAACGACACCAUAGCCAAGUACGAGAUUAUGGAUGGAGCACCAGUGAGAGGGGAGUCCAUACCUAUUCGACUUUUUCUGGCUGGCUAUGAGAUCACUCCUACGAUGAGGGACAUCAACAAGAAGUACUCUGUGCGGUACUACCUCAAUCUGGUGCUCAUAGACGAGGAGGAGAGGCGUUACUUCAAACAGCAGGAGAUCACUCUGUGGAGGAGGGGGGACGUAGUGAGGAAGAGCAUGUCCCGCCAAGCGGCCAUCGCCUCACAGCGCUUCGAGUGCUCGUCCAGUGACGAGAAAGCCCUAGCUCAUGCCCAGGAUAAGGAACAGUAGCUAAGCCCCAGAAUAGCCUACAGUCCAUAGCUUCGAAACGGUGUGUGUGAGCACUAUGUGCACAUGUCUGUGAAUCUACGACUGUGAGAAAGAAUGCAUGUGUGUUCACUGCAUCUAUGAAUGUGUGUGUGCUCGUCAGGUCAUCUAUGACAGAGUAUGUGUGAUGUCCAAAAUUAUGUGAACGGCAGCCAUUUUAGGCAUAACCUCGCCCCUUUCAACUUUGCCAUUUCAUCAACAACACUGAUGAUGUUACUUUCUCCAACAACUGCAGCUGAAAAGAUGUCACUAUAAUUCAAUGUUUGAAGAAAUAAGGCGUUCUCAUGGUAUAUUAUGAACUUUUAGCCAGGUUUUUCUGCUGUACUGAUUAUCGUAAUGCCUUUUUUCUGUCCUUUUGAAUUAGUGAUGUUUCUUAAACCAAACCAAACAGCUGCUGUUGAAAUCUUUUAGGCAUCUCUUAAUGAGUACGUGUCUUUGGCAUUUGGACUCAAUGGACAUGCAAGUCCUCUUAAGGCCUGGUUACACCUUGCAUUAACAUGUGGGCGUCAUCCAAUCCAGAUGAUCAGAUCACUCACUAUCUGAUCAAGGUUUGUGGUGUACACACAUGGUAUUGAAAUGGUAUUGAAAUUGAUCUCUUAUCCGUCCACUCUGUGUCCAGUGUCCACAUGUUAGCGCAAGGUAUAAACGUGGCUUUAAAAUCAGAAUGUGAAAUGUCAUGCAACUUUAGAUGCACACCAGCUUAGGGAAAAUGACAUUUGAAUUGUCAAACAAAUUAUUUGUAUAAAACAUUGCAUUCCAUUCUAUCAUCAAAAAUAACAUUCCAAACUUUGUCAUUAUCAGUAGAUGCAAACAUGUAUAUUUUUUUAUGUAUUUGAUAUUUUAUCAGCAUUAUACAUGUUCUGGGUUUGUCUAGGUGACUUAUGUCCAUUAACAAUGGGCAAGUUAGUUUUGCAUCGCCCAGUGUGGUACACUAAUGGUUUCUCGGAACUGAUGGCUUCUACGGUUGCGUUAGGAUAGUUAGUAGUAGGUUAGGAUAAUUAACUUUACAGGUUAGCGGCAGGUAGCCUAGUGGCUAAGAAUGUUGGCACUGGAACUGAAAGGUCGGUGGUUUGAAUCCCCGAGCGACUAGGUGAAACAUCUGCCGACGUGCCCUUGAGCAAGGCACUUAACUCGAAUUGCUCCUGUAAGUGGCUCUGGAUAAGAGCGUCUGCUAAAUUACUAAAAUGUGAAAUGUUAGGUUAAGGUUAGGCUGAGCAAAAAUGCGCUACUCCAUCUAACCAUAUAAACCAUCAGUAUCACCACACCGGUUCCCCUGGUAGGCAGAGUUUUCUCAUUUUAGACCAUUCCAUUGGUCCUGAUGAAAUCACUACCCACCCAAAACAAACUCCCCCCACUGCUACUGCUGUUAAUACAAGUGUGGCAGAUUUUGGUGUAAUCUUUCCAACUUAUGAACUGAAUAUAUGAUCAAUUUAAUACCUUUCUUUUUUAUUUGAACAAGAUCCACAGUUUUCUGUCUGUAAUUUGUUUGACAAGUACCUAGAAAACAUUACCAACACCGGUUACAUUUUUGCCAAAUGGUUGUAGUUCAAUUCUAGAAGCUUAUUCACAGCUUAUUUUUCUUGUCAUCUCCAACCAUUUUACACCAGGUACAUGACUUCCGGUGUAAAUGCACUGAAGUCCUCAUAACGUGUGCCGGCACUGUCAUAUUGACUGGAAAUAAUAUGAAGAAACAAAGAACAUGUUAGUCUUUUGGAAUGGUGUUUUGUAUUAUGCUCUAACUAGACUUCAGGCUAGAUUCAAUCAGAUUCACGCUAGCCGACUCCCUCAUAGCUGUUGUUUUUAAGGUGUCGGAGGUAGAACUGGGUUAGAGCUGUCAAAUCCACAAGGGUCUCCCAGGAUUAUACCUAUCGUGGACAUUGCCAUUGGCUGCACAUACUCGCAUUAGUAUAAAUCCCAUGCAGCCGUACAUUCUCAUUCUGAACUUCUAGCGUGAGUAGGGUGGGUGUGUUUUCGUAACGAUGAACACACGAGCAGUUGGUCACCAACUGACAUAUUGCUUAAAUAAAAACAAAGAUCUGCCUUGUGUGUACUGGUUAACGGUGAAGUGAGGUAAUCUAGGCCUUUGUGAAUGUUAGACCUUUUUGGGCACCUGAUAAAUGGACUGAAACUGUAUUGUCCAUAGACAUGUGGGUUCAUUAAAUCCUAUGGGCUGGGCUACAGUGUCUUUACAUGUCUCAUGUAUUAUAAUUAUUACUGCUGUUUCUCAAUGCGGGAUUUAUUUGUAGCUAGACUUGAUAGUCUCCCUGAGUCUGAAGGUUAACACUAUGGAUGGGUCCCAAGUGGCACGCUAUUCCCUAUGUAUUGCACUACUUUUGACCAGGGCCCAUAGGACAGUUACCUAUAUAGAGAGGCAUUUGGGACACAUCCAUAUGACUCUGUAAACAUGUUUUAAAGGGGCACUUCUCUACUUUUUAUCAGCAUACUGUAUUCUGGUUAAAAAGUGGUGAAGUGUCCCUUUAACCUUCCAUGACCUGGCUUGUCGCUUUUGAUGUAAAACGCCCA